AUGACGAACGUCCUCGUUGUCCUUUUUGCUCUUACAGUGGUAACUUAUGCUGCCCUGGGCACUCCUACCCCAGAUCCGUUUCAAUGUAAGGAACACAACGACUGCAGUGCUACACAGUGCUGUUCCAAAAUACCACGAUAUUUUGUGGUGAGCAAGAAAAGACAGUUGUCUCCCCCUAUCAGCAUGUAUGUCAGUGCCUCCUGUCAGCCAUACCUUCAAGUGAAUGAAUCCUGUUACAACGUUAUGAAAGCGAACGGUGACUGCGGCUGCGCACCGGAACUUAUUUGUAAAUACUUCCCCGAAUUAGACACAUUCAACCAUAUCUUUCAAAUGCCAUUACCUGAACUACUAUCAACCGUAGCCCCAAGCAAGCGGCUGGCAAUCCCUGCUAGUCCAGAGGCAUACAAGUGUGUAUCCAAAUCACAUCAAUAA